AUGUCUUUCGAAACCACGGCAACCAUUGCCUCAUUUGGCGGCAAGCUGCUUAAGCUCAAGCACAAGUCGUCGAGCACAAAUACUGACAUGGCAUUGAACCUCUACCUUCCUCCUCAGGCCCUCAAAUCCGGCGCAAAGGUUCCUGUUCUCUUCUACCUCUCUGGACUGACCUGCACGGGUGACAAUUGCUCAGAGAAGGGCUUCUUCCAGCACGCCGCCAGCCAAAAAGGCAUAGCAGUCGUGUACCCAGACACCAGCCCUCGUGGCCUCCAGAUCCAGGGCGAGGAUGACGCGUACGACUUCGGUUCCGGCGCAGGUUUCUACGUCGAUGCGACGAAGGAGCCGUGGACAAAGGGUUACAACAUGUACUCUUACAUCACCAAGGAGCUUCCCGAGACACUGUUUGCUUCUUUCAGCGAGCUCGACGGAAGCAGGGUUAGCAUCACAGGUCACAGCAUGGGCGGCCACGGUGCUUUGACAUUGUUCUUGAAGAACCCCGGACAGUACAAGUCCGUUUCCGCAUUCGCACCUAUCGCCAAUCCUAUCAACUGCCCGUGGGGCCAGAAGGCAUUCAAGGGAUACUUUGGAGAGGAUCAGCAGCAGAAGUGGAAGGAGCAUGACGCCACAGAGCUCAUCAAGCAGUGGAAAGGACCUCUUGAGAUGCUGAUUGAUGUGGGUACUGGCGACAAUUUCUACAAGCAGAAGCAACUUCUUCCAGAGAACUUCCUCGAGGCUGCCAAGCAAUCUGGAAACGACAAGGGCAUCAACCUCCGCUUCCAGCCAGACUACGACCACAGCUACUACUUCAUGGCGUCGUUCGCCGACGAGCAUGUGGAGUGGGCCGCAAAGCAUCUCGGCGUAUAG